AUGUUCUUAGUGGUUUACCAAACACAAAAUUUACAUUUCCACCACACGCAAUUCAAAACACCCAAACCCACCGAACCAUUUCCCACUUUGCAUGCACAAACUUCAAAACUAACAAGUCAAGCUAGUUUUACAUUUUUAAAUUCAUCUAAAAUACGCCGGCACCGCACAAUACGCACCCUCAAAUUUCCUUUUUCUCUUCAAUUCUCUUUCACGUUCAGUGCGCUCUACGCACAUUGCGUAUUCAAGUCCAACUCUUUCUCUUUCUCUCUCUUCACUUUACUUUUUCUCCGUUGACUACAACAAGAAUCAUAAAAUCUUCAUUUUCAUUUUUCUUUUAUUUUCUCUCUUCAUUUUCUUCACCGCCAUAAAACUCGCCGGAAAAUCUCCUCCGAGUAACCCUAGCCGCAAUUUUCAUGCUCUGCGUUUUUGGUAAUUUAUCGUCGUUUUAAUUAUGAAGAGAUUGCGUUCAACCGAAGAUCUUCACUCUUAUGGUGAAAAGAACGGUGCUGAUAAGAAUUCAAAUCUUUCUGUUAAGGAUUCUAAUUCUAAUUCAAAUCUGAACCGUUCGUUUUCUUCCACUGGUCAAAGAAGUUUUUACUAUAAACAAGAGAAUGUGAGGAAGAAUUUGAUAUCUUCGUCGUCGUCUUCGUCGCGAUUCGAUAGGGAUAGGGAUAGGGAUCGGACGGUGGAGGAAGAUCGAGAAAGUUCUAGAAUUGUUCGGAAGCGAUCUGAACAUGAUUUCGAUGGUUUUGAUCGGAGGAAGGGUUUUGAUCGGUAUAGUCGUGAUGGUGGUUACAGUGGAGGUGGAGAUAGAGAUAGAGAUAGGAAUUCGAUUCAUAGGUCGGAGAGUUUUUGUGGAGGUUCGAGGAGGGAGUUUCCGAAGGGGUUUCGGUCGGAGAGGGAUCGAUCAAGGAGGGAAGGGAGUGUGUCGUCGUGGAGGAGAGGUUUAAAGGAUUUUGAUGAGAGUAGUAGAGGGGGGAAUAGUAGAGUUGAAGAGAGAAUUGUGAGGUCACCAAAGGGUUUCUCGAGGGACGUGAAAUCCCCUAGUUGGUCUAAGGAUUCUGAGAGUGAACAAUCGAAGAAGAGAUCUUCGGAGUCUCCGAGGGUGUUUAGAGAAGCUACUAAGUCAAUAUCAAAGUCACCUUCUUGGUCUAAGGAUUCGGAGAGUGAACAAUCGAAGAGUGUUAGUGUGGAGGUGAAGAAAAGUGAUGAGUUGUUGCAACAGGUUCAGAGUGGUAGUGGUAGUGAAAUGGAAGAGGGGGAGCUUGUACCUGAACCCGCCGCUAAAACUGAGGCCGAAGCAGUGUGUAAUGAUGCUGCAGCUGGAAGGGAAAGAUUGCAAGCCUCUGAGGAUGAACAAGUGCACAAGAAGAAUGAAUUUGGUUCGAGUGAUGCAGAUGUUGUUAUGGAAGAAAAACAGAUGUUGGGUGAGAAAGAGGUGAAACCUAUGGAGGAUGUUGAUUCUGAGGUAAAAGUAAAAGAUGCAGAGAAGGAAGUUCGUGAAUUGUCUAAGAAUCAAGAUAAAUCUACUAAGGAAAUUGGUGUUAAUAAGGAUGAGAUUAGAACUGUUGAUAAUGAUAAUGUUAAGAAGGAUGUGUGUUUGAAUGGUGAUGAUACUCGGCACAAGGAGGUGGAGAAGGAAAAGGCAGAAAAUAACGAGAAGGCAUUGCUUAAGAAGGAAAGGGGGGAAAAUAACGAGAAGGUGUUGCUUAAUGAAGAAGAGCAUGAGGUGGACAAGGGUGUAGGUGGUGACAAACUUGACGGAAAUGAUGAAGGCUCAACAGAGAAUACAGUUGGUGUUGAAGUGCAGGAAGAAACGAUGAUGGAGUGUGUGACAAAUAAUGUGAAGGAUAAAGGCAAAAGCAUUUCGGUCGCACCUGAUGUUGCUCAUGCUUCAGAAGAUGGCUUGUGGAUUGAUAGAGGGUCAAAAGAUCUCACAACAAGCCCCGCAGAUGUCAUGGAAGGUCCAAGCACAAGAGGGUUUGAACUUUUCUCUAGAUCUCCAGUAAGAAAAGUAGAAAAGUCUGAUCGCUCGGUUCUAAAAAAGGAGAAUGAUGACAGUCUUGGAAUGGGGCAGCUUGUUCUUACUCUUAGCUUGCCGAAUGUUCUGUUACCUAUAGGUGCUCAGGAGACGGCGUCGCAAGCCCCUGGUUCUCCUAGUCAAGCACUGAGUGUUCAGUCUCUAAGUAAUACAUUUUGCACUAACUCAGAUGGUUUUACUGCAUCGAUGUCAUUUUCAGGUUCACAAUCACUCUAUCACAAUCCAAGUUGUUCGUUAACGAGAAAUUCAGUGGACUAUGAACAAUCUGUUGGCAAAUCGGUUGGUAGUCGCCCCUUGUUCCAGGGAUUUGAUUGGCAAGCCCUAUCUCAGGCUGAACCCAAGCAGAAAGAAGUUCCCUCUGGUCAGAGAACUUCGAGUAAUGGGAACGGCUCUCUUUACCAGCCUCAAGCAUCAUGGGGAAUUUUAGAUACUCAAGCUUUGAAAGGACAACCUUCUAGGCCUCUUGAAGGAAGCUCAAAAAUGGGAAAUGGGCUUGAAAGGCAAUUGAGUUUUCAUAAGCAGCUUUCAGGACAGUCAAGACAACAUGAUGAUGUUCGAUCUCCUACACAGAGUGUUGGGUCACAUGACAAUGGAUCGAAUUAUAGUUUCGAGAAGAGGGAGGUUAGAGAAAGAAGUAGCAGUAGUCUACAUCGAUCAACUAGCCAGAAGGGACAAGAUAAUUUUCUGAUGGGUGGACUUGAAUUUGUUAAGACAAUCAUUGCAAGAAUAGUUUCUGAACCUGUGCAAGCAAUGUCCAGAAAGUUCCAUGAAAUGAAUGGACAGUACAUAACUCGUAUGAAAGAGGGUAUUCGGGAACUCAUGGUCAGUGCAGAUAACCAGGGACAAAUACUUACUUUUCAAAAUGUUUUGCAGAACAGGUCUGACAUAUCCUAUGAUGUCCUAGUGAAGUGUCACCUAGCGCAACUGGAAAUUUUGGUUGCAUUAAAAACUGGUGUAGUCCAUUAUCUUCACCUAGAUGAUAACAUUUCAUCUUCUGAUUUAGCUCAAAUUUUUCUAAACUUGAAGUGUAGGAAUUUAUCAUGUCGAAAUCAGUUGCAUGUAGAUGAAUGUGAUUGCAAGCUUUGUGUGCAGAAGAACGGUUUUUGCAGGGAAUGUAUGUGUGUUGUGUGUUCUAAGUUUGACAAUGCGUCGAGCACAUGUAGUUGGGUUGGGUGUGAUGUUUGUCUUCACUGGUGUCAUACUGACUGUGGAUUACGAGAAUCUUAUAUUAGAAAUGGACUUAGUACUACUGGAACGAAAGGGACGACUGAGAUGCAGUUUCACUGCAUUGCUUGUGAUCACCCUUCUGAGAUGUUUGGCUUUGUCAAAGAGGUGUUUCAAAAUUUUGCAAAAGAUUGGUCACCCGAAUCUCUUUGCAAGGAACUUGAAUAUGUGAAGAGAAUCUUUUCUGCUAGCAAGGAUAUUAGAGGGAGACAGUUGCAUGAGAUUGCGGAUAAAAUGUUGCCGAGCCUGGCUAUCAAGUCUAACAUUCCUGAGGUUUUAAGACACAUCAUGUCUUUCUUUUCUGAUUGUGAUUCUUCCAAAUUACCCAUGACAACGAUCUUUUCUGGUAAGGAACAAGUCAAAGAAAACAAUGGGGUAGCUGGGCCCAGCCAGGAAGCUGCUUGGCUAAAAUCUAUUUAUUCAGAAAAGCCAGCUCUGUUAGAAAGACCUGCAAGCAUCCUUCCAAGAUUUGACCAGAAUGAUAAAAGGACACUGGUGCAAGAGUUGCAGAUGAGUAGUAUCCAAAAAGACUUCUGUUUUGAUGAAUUAGAAAGUAUAAUAAAAAUCAAACAUGCAGAGGCCAAAAUGUUCCAAUCUCGUGCUGAUGAUGCUAGGAGAGAAGCUGAAGGGUUAAAACGCAUCGCCCUUGCAAAGAAUGAGAAAAUUGAAGAAGAGUAUGCCAAUCGAAUUGCCAAGCUGCGUUUUGCCGAGACAGAUGAUUUGCGUAAACAAAAAUUCGAAGAACUCCAAGCAAUAGAGAGGGCACAUCAUGAGUAUUUGAACAUGAAAAUGAGAAUGGAGUCAGACAUUAAAGAUCUGUUAUCCAAAAUGGAAGCUACUAAAAUGAACCUUGCCAUGUGACCUGAUCAAAAUAUUUAGAAUAGUUAUUUCAGGUAAAUGUAUUAUCACUCAUCCUGAAAUUUGUAGGUUCUAGUGCUCUACCAUGUUGUUGUGAACUACCAUAGUUUUAUUUAUUUUUCAUUGUAGUUUAUUUUGCUUAUAAGCUGCUAACCAAAAUCUGUAGAGUCCAUCACAGUAGUUAACAGUCUUAUAAAACAAUUUCGAUUAUGAAAGCAGUUUUAAACAGUUUAUUAUUUGAACUGACAAAAAAUUGGCCAGCAUGUGGCUUGGAUUUGAUGUACAGGCUUGUUGUACUGACUGUUGCGUAUGAAAAUUUAUAAAAUAGAAACCUUGGUGGA